AAUUUUUUUUUCCUAAAAAAAAAAGGCAUCAAAUGCCUCCUAACCUUGGAUUCGUCGUCGGAGCUCAGGAAAUCUCAUGUCCCAGUUCAGAUUUCUCACGAGCCGCCGCCGCCUGAGCGCCUUAACCUCCCUGUUUUCCCAAUCCCCCGAACCAAGCUCGGUCUCCAAGCACGUCGCUUGUGCUGUCUCCAAUCCAGAAGGGAAGCAACCGCCGCCUCUCUCACCCAAGGCAACUGCCCCCAAUCUUUAUGCUCUCGUUGAUCUGAUCGACUCCUUCCUGCAGGCUAAAAACCUCAAAUCCGCUUUUUCGGCUGUGUGUUUUCUGUUCAAGAGCGGCCAUGCGACGGGCGCUUUCAUUUUGAACCUGUUGAUGAAGGGUCUCUGCCAAGGCCGCUCCGUUUCCAAAGCCGUGCAGCUGUUCCGAGAGGUCGAGCGCAAAAAGUGGAUUUUUCCCGACGUCGUCACUUAUACCAUUCUCAUCAAUGGCCUGUGCAAGGAUAAAAGGAUGGAAGAAGCCAUGGAGCUGUGGAGAGAGAUGGUGUCGGGAACUGGUCCUGGUUGCUCCCCGAACACUGUCACCUACUCGACGCUUAUGAAUGGUCUCUCCAAGGCCGGAAGGGUGGAGGAAGCCAUGUCCUUGCUGGAUAACAUGAAAAGGAGCGGGCUUGAAGCCAAUGCGUAUGUCUACGGUACUCUUGUAAGUGGUUUGUGUAACGCUGGCUCCGUGGACAGGGCCCUGGAGCUCUUUCACGACAUGUCCCAGAAGGAGAUUCACCCAGAUUUGGUCCUUUACAACAGUUUGAUCCACGGUCUAUCCAAGCUUGGGCGUUGGAAGGAGGCUAAAGAUAUGUUGCAUAACAUGGCGAGUCAGGGAAUCCGUCCCGAUGUGAUAACGUAUACUAGCUUGAUCGACGGCCUCUGCAAAGAUGGAAAGAGCUCCGAGGCCCUGGAGCUCUUUCACGAAAUGUCCCAGAAGGAGAUUCACCCAAAUUUGGUGCUUUACAACAGUUUGAUCCACGAUCUAUCCAAGCUUGGGCGUUGGAAGGAGGCUAAAGAUAUGUUGCAUAACAUGGCGAGUCAGGGAAUCCAUCCUGAUGUGAUAACGUUUACUAGCUUGAUCGAUGGCCUCUGCAAAGAUGGAAAGAGCUCUGAGGCCCUGAAGCUGCUAGGUCUAAUGGUGGAGAAAGGUGUAAAGCCAUGCUAUAUCACGUAUACUAGCUUGAUCGAUGGCCUCUGCAAAGAUGGAAAGAGCUCCGAGGCCCUGAAGCUGCUAGGUCUGAUGGUGGAGAAAGGUGAAGAACCAAGCAAUGUCACGUAUAACGUCCUAAUUAAUCAUCUGUGUAAGGAAAGCCUGAUUGAUGAUGCUUUUGAGUUCCUUGAGAAGAUUACCAGGGAAGGAAAAUCACCGGAUGUUUUUACUUACAAUACACUAAUCCAGGGUCUUUGCAAUGUAGGCAAAACUGGUGAAGCAAUGAAAGUGCUUGGUAAAAUGCUUGAUAGUAGGUUUGGAGUUGAACCCAAUUCGUGGACCUUUAACAUGCUUAUACAUGGACUUUGCAAGAGGCAUUAUGCUAAACUAGCCUUGAAGGUACAAAAGCUGAUGGUACGUAGAGGGUACACCUGCGAUCUGGUUACUUUCAAUACGCUACUCGAUGGACUCCUCAAGACGAAGGACAUUCAAGGGGCUAUCUACCUGAAAAGAGAGAUGGACUGCCUAGGACUGGAGCCUGACUCUUUCACUUACAGCAUCCUUAUAAAUGGGCUAUGCAAAAUGGGGCAUGUUGAGGAUGCAGAAAAUCUCCUUCGUGAAAUGAAGGAAAAAGGAAUGUGUCCUUGCUCACAUGAUUAUAAUUCUAUAAUGACAAUACUGGCUAAGACAGGUAGAAUGGAGCGAGCACUGAGUUUAUUUGAUGAGAUGCAGGAUAACCAUAAGCCUGAUGUGGUUACCUUCAACAUUUUAAUUGAUGCUGCAUGCAAAACAAGAGAUAUGGAUUUGGUAAAGGACUUGUUUGUGGAUAUGCAUCAAAGUGGUAUAACUCCUGAUUCAGUUAUAUAUUCUACAUUAAUAAAUGGAUUUGCUGAAUCUGGAAAAACAGAUGAAGCUAUCCAAAUGUUGGAGCACAUGAAUGGUAGUGGAUUUGUUCCAAAUGUUAGAAUAUACGAUUCACUUAUACGUUGCCUUAUAAAAAAAGGUGAUAAUAAAAAUAUUGUUAGCUUGCUUCAUCAAAUGGCAGCAAAAGAUGUGGCUCCUGAUACAAGGCUCAUGUCUACCCUUUUGGAUACUCUGUCAUUUGAUGGAGAAGAUAAGACCCUAUUGAAAUCUUUGCCGAAUUUCUCAAAUGCAUUGGCCGGAAGAACAAAAUUCUCAUGUCAUGAAUUGAUGGAAAAGCUCCAAAGAUCUUGCCUUGAGAUCCGAUUACCUGCUAGUGAGGCAUCUUGAGUUGGAGAACGAUUGUAUGUGCCGUUGUCCAUUUCUUGCAUACUAAACUUAGGACCAACGCUUCACUAGAUUAAGACUUUGUUAUUGGCUCUGCAAUUUGUAGCUAACAUUUGUAUAGUUAGGAACUUGGGAUCGUUUAACCUUUUUCCCCUUAAAUUUUACUUCAGUAUAUUAUUUGAUCUUGGCCAA